CUUCUGUCGCCAUGGUGGAGCAGGGAGACGAGGCUCCGCUGCUUUGCUGGGCCGAGGGCCCCGCCGUGUCCCCGCCGCAGCGUGUCGCGCAGCGUGCCGCACAGCCCCAGCACGGCAACCGGGAGGGCCGCCCGGAGCAGCAGGAGGACGAGCAGGGGGACCGGGGGGACCAGGAGGACGAGGAGGAGGAGGACCACAUCGUCGCCGUCUUCGUCGUCACCUUCGAUCCCCGCACCGGCAACAUGGUGGAGUGGUGCUUGCCCCAAGAUAUUGACUUGGAAGGAGUCGAGUUCAAAUCCAUGGCCAGCGGGUCCCACAAAAUCCAGUCAGAUUUCAUAUACUUCCGAAAAGGGGCCUUCUUCGGCCUGGCCUGCUUCGCCAACAUGCCCGUGGAGAGCGAGCUGGAGCGCGGUGCCCGCAUGAAGUCUGUGGGCGUUCUGUCUCCUUCCUACACCCUGCUCUACCGUUACAUGCACUUCUUGGAGAACCAAGUUCGACACCAGCUGGAGACGCCCGGAUACUACUCUCACCUGGCCGCUUUCUACGAAGACAAGAAAGGCGUGCUCCCCGUGGGCAAGGACGCCCUGAACUCCCGGCAACCCGUCCACUGGCUCCCCUCCAUCCACAGAUACAUGUACCCAGAGAUGAAGAUCACCCACCCGGCCGGCUGCAUGUCCCAGUUCAUCAAGUUCUUCGGGGAGCAGAUCCUGGUCCUCUGGAAGUUUGCCCUGCUCCGCAAACGCAUCCUCAUCUUCUCGCCCCCACCCGUGGGAGUGGUGUGCUACCGAGUGUACUGCUGCUGCUGCUUGGCCAACGUGUCUCUGCCUGGGGUCGGGGGCACCGUGCCUGACUCCAAGCCCUUCUUCUACGUGAACGUGGCCGACAUCGACAGCCUGCAGACCCAAGGUUCCUAUGUGGCCUGCACGACGGAGAAGAUCUUCGAGGAGAAGCGGGAUCUGUACGACGUCUACGUGGACAACCAGAACGUGAGGACGCACCACGAGCAUCUGCAGCCCCUGCUGAAGGUCAACGGCGCCGACAAGGAGAAAUACCGGCGGCUCAACGACCAGAGGCAGAUGUUGCUCUAUUCCCAGGAGGUGGGAGAAGACAGCACCUCCUGCGAAGAGGAUCUCUUCAUCCUCUUCUUCAUGGAGCAGAACAACCGGAUAUUCCAGACUCUGCUGGAGGUGUCGGCGAGCCAGGAUAAGACGCUGACGGCCGAGCACGCCCGGGGCAUGGGCCUGGACCCCCAGGGAGACCGGAGCUUCCUCAUGGACCUUCUGGAGGUGUACGGCAUCGAUGUCAUGCUGGUCAUCGAUAACCCCUGCUGUCCCUAGGGGACACGGGACCCCCCCCAUGGGACCCCACCACCGUCCAGGGGCCGGCACCAACCGCUCCCAUUUUUAUUUAAUAGGUUUCUACAGAAAGGUAUUUAUAGAGCUCCCACCCAUUUUCCUCCCCGUCCCGCCGUGCACCGAUCUCCCCCCGGGUUCGGACCUCUGGCAACCGACAGUCCCCGGCACUGUGUUACUGCUUUUGGGUUUCAGUCUGCCCUUGUGAGGCCGGAGGUGGAGGCGGGAGAGGCCUGGCCUCUCCAGGGGGUCCAGGGAGCAGGCUCAGGGCUGAGCGGGCACAGGGCGGGGAAGGGAUGGGAGCAGCAUACCUGAUGGGAGAGCCAUUUCCCCUCGGCGUCGGUCUUGGGAGCCCCCAACAGCGGUUUAGGGCAUCACCUACAGCCCGGACUGAGGCCCCGAGGUGCUCCCGAUGACCGACGGCCCGUGUCCGGCCGGUUUCUCGAGCUUCGCGGGCCGGAGCGUCCGCUGGCUUGUUCUCUAGGACUCAGGAGAGGUCAAAGUUCAGCGGGCUCCCUCAGCCUCCAAUUUCCCCUUUAGCGCUUCUUGUUUUCCCAAGUUUCAGCUCCGACCGGUGGCGAGUUCCCACGGGGAGUGACUUCCCCGUUCGGCCCAGCCGAGAGCGGUCCGAGUUCCACAGUUGGCGUUGGGGGGUCCCAGCCAAGGAAUCCCGCCACCUUCAGCUGCUCCCUCCGGGCCCAGGAGGGUUCCUUGAUCCCGGCCCGGAGGAAGAGGGUCUCAGGAGCUGGGAAGUCCCCAGCAGCCAGGGGAGAAAGGGGUGCGGGGUUGGGGCGCCGUGGUCGUGGAAGGUCAUGGUGCCCCCCGCUUUGCUGGGGUCGG